CUUCCAGAGUCGAGUCAAGUGAGCCGGUAAAAUUAGGGAUUUGUGUGAUUCGCUCUCCAUCUCUCUCGUAUGGAUUUGCGCGGCGUCCCUCUCUCGAAACGACCAUCUCCGAUUGCGUCACUUCCAGAUGAAAUCGUCGUCGAUAUAAUCGCGCGUGUAUCAAGAUCCCAUUACCCAACAAUCUCUCUCGUUUCACGACGUUUCCGAUCAAUCAUAGCGUCGCCGGAGCUAUACAUGAGACGAUCCUUAUUACGCUGUACCGAACACUGUCUCUACGCCCUCCUCUAUAACCCUAAAACCUGUGAUUACCGUUGGUACAUUCUCCGCCGCAACGGCUUUGUCCUUGUCCCUCGUCUUCCUCGUAUGCCUGCCCAUGGAAUCUUCGUCGCGGUGGGUUCCAAGAUAUACGUUUUGGGUGGAGGUUACGAUUCCAGUGCGACGUCAAGUGUCUUAACCAUCGACUGUACGUCUCAUACCUGGCAGCCUAUCUCUACCAUCCCCAAGCCUAUGGGUAAUACUGUCGCUGGCACAAUCAACGGGAAGAUUUACAUAAUCGGUGAGUGUGAAUUGCCCGGUUGUAUGGUUUCGAAGAGAGUUGUUAUGGUGUUGAAUACAGAUAAGCAAAUGUGGGAGCCUGAGAUGACUAAUCCUGGUGUAGAGAUAGGUCAAUUGUGGUCUGGUUGUGUGGUAAUGGAAGGGAAGAUAUACAUGAGGGAUUCGGAGAAUAGCUUUGUUUACGAGCCGAAGGAGAGGAAAUGGGAAAUGGAAGAGAUGUUGAAUGAUAAGAAGUGGGAGUAUGCGUGUGUUGUUGAUGAUGUGUUGUAUUACUAUGAUUGUCGCCAUAACGUUUUGAGAGCGUAUGAUACAAAGCUCAAGGUUUGGGGAGUGGUUAGAGGUUUGGAAAGAACGGCCACGAAUGGUCCUAGUUUGCCAACUUCUUCUUGGUGGUCGUAUACCAUGAGCUGCGGUGGCAAGCUGGUUGUGUUCUUGCCUAAAGAAAGAGACAGGAGAAACACAAUACUAGGGGACAGGAGAAACACAACAGCAGGGAUUUGGUGUGCGGAGAUUUCAAUCGAAAGACGCCAAGGUGGAGAGAUUUGGGGUAAAGUUGAGUGGCGUGAUACUGUGAUUGAUGGUGAUUUUUUCUUUGUGAGAUGUCUAGCUGUUACGGUUUGAUCAAUGCACAAAACUGAAGUUUGCUCUAUAAUUCCUAAAGGAGUAGUAGCCGGGACGAAAACAACAAGGGUUUGAUUUGUGUGGAAAUGGUAUUAGAGUGAUACACCCAAGGAUGAGAUAUUUGGAUUGAGUGGUGUGAUGCUCUCAUUCAUGGUUGUUAUCUCUUAACGUAAAGUCUAGGUAUUAAGGUUUGAUGAACAAACACUUCCUUACAACUUGUGAUUUGUUAUGAAAGUUAUCACAAUUUCGUAUAACUUGUGAUUUGUUUUCGUAAUCCUAAAAUUAUAUGUUGUGGUUGGAAGCUUGUUCCAUCCUUUAAUGUAAAAGUUAGAAGUAUAAUACUUACUCAAGUAUUCAAGCAUUUGCUUGAUUCUUGCUGUGUGCA